CUCAGCCCCAGGAAGUUUUAUUCUUCUGUGCACAGUAAAGUCAGAGGUUAGGGACUUGCCAGGGGAGCAGGAAGUAGAGCAGAGCAAUUAGUGGUUUUCAAGGUGCCUUUACCCUAGUUGAGGAAUAUUUUGUCUUUUUUUUCCAUUUCUGUAGACUGGCUCUUUAAGUUAUCAAGCUAUUCAGAGUUAAUGAGGAUACGAAAGCAGCAGGUAGUAGCUAAUUUUCAGGAGGAUUUAAGAAAGGACUGCUGCUCUUUCGGGUCCUAGCUCCAAGAUGACCAAGAAAAGAAAAAACAACGGUAGCGCCAAAAAGGGUGGCGGCCAUGUGCAGCCCAUUCGCUGCACAAACUGCGCCCGGUACAUGCCUAAGGAUAAGGCCAUUAAGAAGUUCGUAAUUUGGAACAGAGUAAAGGCCACCACCAUAAGGGACAUUUCUGAAACGAGUGUCUUCGACGCUUACGUGCUUUCCAAGCUAUAUGUCAAGCUGCGUUACUGCUUGAGCUGUGCCAUUUAUAGCAAGGUGGUCCGGAAUCGAUCCUGUGAAGCCAGGAGAGACCGAACACCUCCACCACGAUUUCGACCUGCUGGUGCUGUCCCACGACCUCCACCGAAACCCAUGUAAAGACCUGGCUUCAUGAGGACAGAAGAAAAACCAUCUUCCAGGAAAAUAAAAUAAAAUUGAAAUUUAAAAAAAAAAAAAGGACUGCUGAUUGAAAUGAGUCUGAUCAUUCUAAGCUGCUCAUAGAAAUCCUUCACUGGCUCUGCUGACUCCGAGGCUAGAGGAGGAAGCUUAAGAGACUUCUGUUGACAGUCAGGAGACAGACUUUCUUACUUGGUCCUACCAGCUGUUUUUGAUACUCAGGAGACUGCCCCCCUUGCUCUUCUCCCCUAGUUGCCCAUG